UUGUGUCGAAAUAUUUAAAUAUUUUAACUUUUCCAAUAUGGCUGGUAAUGAGGCUGGACAUGGUGCUAUUGUCAGAAAUAGAGAUUUGAUUGAUGUGAGGAUAGAAGCACCGAGAGGGAAUAGAAAACAGGUGGUUUAUGAAAAGAUAUUAUCUCUUAUUGAUAUAACAGAUGAACCUUCCAAACAUCUUAAAAGUAAUAUUAUGAAAUGCAGCCAGUUGUUUGGGUUGAAAAUGGCAAAUAAAUGGCAGAUAGUAGGACAAUCUCGAAAUCGACUUUUACAAAAUCAGGUAUAUUGGUUAGACAAGAUUAUAUAUAGAAUAAAUAAUGAUUCUGAAGAAAACACAUCUUCGGAUGAGGAACAAGAACCUCCUUGUCGCUCAGUUGGAUGGCCACGGGUGCCAUUUGAAGAGGCAUCGAAGACAACAAAACGAAGGCGUGUAGCCGAACUAACCACAGACAGAUCUGCAAAUGAACUUCAAUUUGCUGUGAAUGUCGUUUCUGGAAGCAAUCACACAUCACACAAAUUUUUAGUUUUAGUACAGCUGAAGCUUUAG